AUGUUUUUGUUACAACAACCUUUGCAUUACCACCAACAUACUUCCCAACAUCCAUUAAAUCCCCAACAACAACCUCCCACAAGUACUUUAUUACAAUCUCCACAUACUUUUGUUCUUCGAAGAUCUGGAGUAAAUAAUCAAAGAAAAUCUCCAAAUAUUUCUGUAGACGAAGUUGAAGUAGAAGGAGGAGGAGGGGGAGGAGAAAAUAAUAGGCAAAUAAUAAUAAUUAAUGAAGAUAUUAAUUCUGAAAAUGAGGGGAAAAGAACAAAAAAUUGUUUACAAAAUGAGAAUGAAGGAGAACAAAAUAAUCAAAAUAAUAUUGCUAAAGCGCCUCCAGAAACUUUAGAAUGGAUUAAAGCAAAUUAUGAAUUAGUAGAAGGGGCUUCUUUGCCUCGUAAUAUACUUUACGAGCAAUAUAAAACUCAUUGCAAAGAAUUAGGAUUUACUCAAGUAAAUGCCGCAUCCUUUGGAAAAUUAAUUCGUCAAGUUUUUGAUAAAAAAUUAUCAACUCGUCGUCUUGGUACUAGAGGGAAUAGUAAAUAUCAUUAUAAUGGUAUUUGUUUAAAACAAAAUAGUCCUUUACGGGCUACAAUGAGUGCAGAGGAAUUAGAAAGAAUGAUUAACGGUUCACAACAACCACAUAAAAAUUCUCAACGUUCACAAAGAAAACAACAAUUUAACAAUAAUAAUUUACAAAAAUCAAAAAGAAAAAUUGAAAGGGAAAUAAAUUCAAAUAAUUUAAAUAAUUUUUCUUCUUCCGCAGCAACAUCUCCAUGUGAAGAAAGAGAAGGGUCUAUUAAUAUUGAAUUAGAACAACAAUAUCAACAACAACAAAGCCCUCCCUUAAUUUAUCCACCAAAUAUUAAUCAUCAUCAGCAACACCAACAACAAACAACAACACUAAAUACUUCUUCUUCAUUAUCUCCCCCAACAUUUUUAUUACCCCCUCCACAAUUAAAUGAUUUAAUUGAAAUAAAAGAAGGAGGCUUAAGAUUACCAGAAAUAGAAUUACCUAUUUUGGAUGAAUGUAUUCUUUUAAGAUAUGGAUUGAGUGUUGGGCAUGUUUUGAAAUUUUUUGAUGAUUAUAGAGAGCAUUCCAGGAAAGUUUUAAAUUGUGUAAAGGAUUUUCGAUUAAAAUUAAUUGAACAAUUAUGGAUAUCCUUUUGGCAAAAAACUAAUGUUGAUAUUGAACAAUGUCAACAAAGAGGAAGAAAUAUAAACGAAGAAAAUAAUGUUGAAUUAGGUUUAAUGCGUGGUGCUCCAAUUUUGGAUAAUCGUUCUUUAUGUCGUCUUUGUUCUUUGCCUGAAAUUAUUUCUUAUGUUGAAACUUUUGAUUUAAAAUUUUAUCAAAUUAUUUUGGAUUUUUUCUUUUCCAGUCCAUUAAGAAUUCCUUUAGAAAGUGAUUUGUGUAAUAAUCUUCGAAAUUUUGGUAAAAGUAUUGAAUUUUGGAUGGAAAAUGCUUUGGGAGGAGGAAAUAAUUCAAAUUUAAAUUAUUUAAUUCCCCCAGCAUUUAAAAAAGCUAAAUUAGAAUGUAUUCGGUUAUUGGCUAAUUCUUUAACUCGUUUAUCUUCUUUUGUUCAUUUGGCUAUUACUGCUAGAAGUGUUUUACAAAAUAAAGAACAAGUUAAAAAAGUACAUGAUGAUUUUAAUCGUGUUGAUUUUGGAGUUUUUCAUUGGCAGGCCGAUUGGUUAUGUUCUUCUAGCUCUUCUUUAAAUAAGAAUUCAUUCCAAGAAUCAACAGAAUUAAAUGAAAGUUUUUGUAAUUGUAAUGUGCUGGCACGUGAAUUGGUUGGGCAAUUUCGUGAACGUUUAUCUUGUCAUUGUUCAAUAGAAGAAUGGGCUGAUUGGUUAGAAUCAAUUGUUGAUAAAGCUUUAAAUUUUCCAAAAACAUUUAAAUAUUCUCCCCAACAAAUAGCUAGUAAAGGAAAACGCUUUCUAUUAGCUUGGACUUUACAUUCUUCUCUGCUUUUAAAAGAAAUUACUUUACAUUCUUCAACUUCUUUUGGAGAAUUUCAUUUAGUUCGGCUUGUAUUUGAUGAUUAUUUACUUAUUAUUAUGGAAAGAAAAUUGGCAAAAAUUUUGGGGAAAUUGCCUAUUGAAUUGAUGGCACCAGAGUGGCUACAAAUGGAAGCAAGUUUAAACCAGGCACAACAGCAGCAUACAACACCAAUAACAUUAAAACCAGAAAAAACUUCUCUUAGCUUUUCUCCCUCUCCAAAUAAUCCUCCAAAUGUUUCAACAUCUUCUUCACUUGUACAUUUAUUACCUUCUUCAACAACACAACAUUACCAGAAUUUUUAUUCUACAAAUAUACAACAACAACAACAAAAACAACAAACAAACACAACACAUUACCCAAUGGUCGAAAAGCUUCCACUUCCGGGACCAGAACCUCCAUUAGAUAUGUUAAAUGUAAAUGGGGAAGAGGAUGUUGAUGAUUAUCAACAAGAAACAACAACAAUUAAUUUAACUCAAGAAGCUUUAACUCCUCCACAAAUUCAAAAAGAAAUUCAAAAUAAAUAUAAAAAAAUACUAAACGAAACAGGAGGAGGGACAUCAACAACAACAAUUCAUUAUAUUUUAGUUGAAGAACAAAGAAGAGGAGAAGAAAUGUUGGGGGGAUUAGAUGCAGAAAUGGAAGAAAUAGAGGAAGAUAAUUAUGAAAAAGAAGAAAAUGAAGAGGGGUUUGUUAUAAUUAAAAAGCAAAGAAAAAUUCAAGAAAUUAAACAAAAUAAUGAUUUUAAUAACGAUAAUAUUUUGAAAAAAUAA